GAAAUCAGUCAUGAUACCAAGAAAUUCCGGUUUGGGCUACCUUCACCAGAUCACAUAUUAGGAUUACCUGUAGGCCAACAUGUUUACCUUUCCGCAAAAAUCGAUGGUAAUCUGGUGAUUCGAGCCUAUACCCCAGUUUCCAGUGACGAGACAAAAGGUUAUGUUGAUUUAAUUAUAAAGGUCUACCACAAAAAAGUGAAUCCCAAGUUUCCAGAAGGUGGGAAGAUGUCCCAAUACCUAGAUGACAUGAAGAUUGGAGAUAUUAUUGACUUCAGAGGGCCAAAUGGGCUCCUUGUCUAUAAGGGGGCAGGUACCUUUCUUAUCAAACCUCAUAAGAAGUCUGAAGCAGAGAAGAAGUUUGCAAAGAAUCUUGGGAUGAUAGCUGGAGGAACAGGAAUAACUCCUAUGUUGCAGCUGAUCCGUCAUAUCACAAAUGAUCCUAAGGACUCCACAAAAUGUUACCUUCUCUUUGCUAAUCAGACAGAGAAAGAUAUAUUACUGAGAGCUGAGCUAGAAGACAUUGCUAAGAGGCAUCCUGAUCAGUUCACGCUUUGGUAUACACUGGACAGACCUCCACAAGAUUGGAAGUACAGUUCUGGCUUUGUCACUGCAGACAUGAUUAAAACCCACCUCCCGUCCCCCGGCAGCGAGACGCUCAUUCUCAUGUGUGGGCCACCACCUAUGAUUCAGUUUGCGUGUCAGCCCAACCUCAACAAACUUGGCUAUCCCAAAAGCAGUACAUUUUCUUAUUAACACUGAUGUCAUCUGAUACCUUUUCGAAAACAAUGGAGAUUGUGGACCUGAAUCCGUUCCCGAAGAAAGAGGUGAAAAGUCAUCCGACACUACUGUGCCAUCCACAUUCUCUGUUUCUCCUGGGUUAAGAACAGUAACAUAGUCAUAUUUUAUACU